CUUCCAAGAAUUUCUCUCACAAAGACCAAGAACUCAAAAUGUAUCAAGACUCUGGAUUAAUGCUCCGUUACAUGCAAAACUGUUCCCCAGAUAUUCAACAAUUCGAAGACCUCUUCAAAUCAUACAAACUCUCCGAUGAAAUGAACAACACUUUUGUUGAGUCAUCAAACAUAUCUGAGUAUGAUAUUGGAGAAGAAGGUGAUCUUUUUAAAGCUCCUGAUCCAAUUCUUGAAGAACAAAUCUUACCCGUUGAUCCACUCUCUGCUGCUUUGACUAUGAUCUCUUGUGGUGAAGACACUUCACAAGGUCUUUGUGAGCUUCCUGAUCUUGGUUCAUUGCAGAGUGGUCAACAGCUUCUUGACAGUGCUUUUUAUGAAUGUGAGCAAGAUCUCAUGAUGAAAUCAGCUUUGGAGUCUCCAUUCUCUGAUGUUUUAAACAUCAAGAACAUCUCUGUUGUGACGACAAUCAAUGAGAACCAGGAUAUGCAGAAGAGUGUUAGCUCGGGGAAUUUGAGCUCUAUGGAUUGGUCACAUGCACAGAAAGAGACUGUAAUGAUUCAGAAUUUUCCUGAUUUCGAUUUUGGUUAUGGGAUGCGAAGAGCCUUUAGUGAAGGCGACAUACAGAAACUAGGGACAUGUCUUGUACAAUCUCCAUUGGAUAGGAUUAUUGUGAGCUGUACUUCAGAGGAUCGCCGUGAGAAGCUUUCUCGAUACAAGAACAAGAAGAGCAGGCGAAAUUUCGGGCGUAAAAUCAAGUAUGCUUGCAGGAAAGCUCUUGCAGAUAGCCAACCUAGAGUCCGAGGAAGGUUUGCGAAAACAGAGGAGAGGAAAUAGAAUGGUACAAAAAAGGGCUCAAAAGAAGGAGACUAAGCAAAAGGAAGAAACUAGAAGAAGAAUAAGGAGAUAAAGCCCAUCUCAUUAG